UAAUUAUCAACAACACCGCCUGUGUUUUGUAUGUUUCUAAUUAAUUGAACUGAUCCAAUUACAUAUGUAGUAAUUCUCUCGUGCUAAGGUGGACGUAAGUGUUUGUAGAUAAGAUAGGGCGACUCGCAUGUUUCAGGGUUGGUGUAAGUAUUUCAUUUCAUCGUUAAUUGGUUAUUCCCUGUUUUGCGAGACAAAGGAAAUGGGAGCGAUAAGUUUUCCUGACAAAACAACUUUUAACGCGUCCUUCAAACCGAAAGUAAAUUUACAGAUUGCUAUCACAGUACACAGUUGGCAUUUUAUUAACUUGUGGCGAACAAACAUGACUUAUCAGGACUACACGCAAAGCGCUUUGUAGGUGCAAAACCAAUGGUCACUCUAUGACAGGUCAUAACUUCUAAGUUUCUAAAUAUAUACACACUCACACACAUUUCAUUUAUUUGGCACCGACACAUAUACGCAUAUUUUCUUUCUUCGAAAUUUAUCUUGCACUGCCAUUUCUUCUUUUUUUUUUUUGCUCACAGUUUUGAUAAUUGAAUGUUCUCUGAGAACCAGUAUUAAAAAACAGUUCUAUAAGAACGUCUGCUACAGGUCAUAUGGUAGCGCAAACUGCACCUGUUUACCAUAUGCUCAUGUCUUCUGGAGGAAUGGAAGUCUUUGUCUGCAACAAUAUGUAUGCCUUAACUGCAGAGAGCCUUGUCAGCAACGAACAUUUUAGUGGUAUAUAGAAAAUGUAUUUUCAUUAUAUAUAAUUCACAAAUAUAAACGGAGACCCAUGAUGUCCGAAACGAGAAAUUGAACUAUCAUAGAUUAUACUCAGACAUUUGUCAGUUUUUGAGAAUUCCUCGAGAAUGAAUAUGGAGAACGUUAACCACUCGGAUACUUUAAACACAAAUGUUUUUAAUGACAGAGAUGAGAAAACUGUGGACAAAAAUGUUGCUGAAUAUUUCUGUGAGAUUUGUAGGCAGAUAUUCUCUUCAGAACACGAAGUCCUCACACACACAAAAAUUCAUAGUAAGGAAAAACUUUGCCAACGUGAAAUCUGUGGGAAAUUUAACAGUAAUUUAAGGAUACAUGCUGGAGAAAUACCCGUGUGUUGUGAAAUAUAUGGGAACUCAUUCGUCCCCAGGAGCAACAUAAAUUCACACAAAAUAUCACAUGCUGCAGAAAAACUUUUCUACUGUGAAAUAUGUGGGAAAUCUUUCAUGAAGAAAUCCAUUCUUGUUGUUCACAUUCGUAGCCACACUGGAGAAAAGCCAUAUCAUUGUGACAUCUGUGGGAAAAGUUUUGGAGAUAAUAGCUAUUUAACGAAACACAAAAGUUUACACACUGGAGAGAAACCUUUUCAUUGUGAAAUUUGUGGUAAAUCGUUUAUCACUCAAGGUCAUUUAAAAACUCAUGAAAGGAUUCACACUGGAGAAAAACGGUUUCACUGUGAAAUAUGUGGUAAAUCUUUCGUCUCUAAUUGUGAUUUAAACCGACAUAACAGGAUACAUACUGGAGAGAAACCCUUCAGUUGUGAGAUUUGUGGGAAAUCAUUCAUCACUAAUGGUCUUUUAAAAACACAUAAAAGGAUACAUACUGGAGAAAAACCUUAUCAUUGUGCUUUAUGUGGGAAAUCAUUUACUCAGAACUGUAACCUUGUUAUCCAUAUAAGGAGUCACACUGGAGAGAGACCUUAUCAUUGUGACAUCUGUGGGAAAUGUUUUGUUUAUAGCAGUGAUUUUAACAGACAUAAAAGAAUCCACACUGCAGAAAAACCCUAUCACUGUGAAAUAUGUGGAAAAUUGUUCUCUGAUAAUUCUAAUCUUUCAGUUCACAAAAGAACUCAUACUGGAGAAAAGCCAUUCCAUUGUGAAAUAUGUGAGAAAUCUUUUGUUUCUAAUAGUGAUCUAAGUAGACAUAAAAUAAUUCACACUGGGCAAAAACCGUAUCAUUGUGACAUAUGUGGGAAAGAUUUCACUCAGAAUUCUAGCCUUGUAGUUCACAGGCUCAUACACACUGGAGAAAAACCUUUUGGCUGUGAGAUUUGUGGGAAAUGCUUUGUCAAUAACAGUGAUUUAAACAGACAUAAACGAAUUCAUACUGGAGAGAAACCAUUUCAUUGUGAAAUGUGUGGGAAGUCUUUUAUCACUAAUGGGCACUUAAAAAGGCAUGAGACAAUACAUACUCGGAAAAAACUGUUUUGAUUGAAAUCCAUGAGGAUUUUUUUGUGAAUUUUUAUUUUGUAGUUCAUAAACAUAGCCAUGUUGGGAAGUGGUUUGAGAGACCACCAGAAAAAUUUUGUCACUGAAAUAUAAGGGAAUCCAUUUUCUGAUAACUCUAAACUUGUAGUUCGUGAAAGAAUACAGCCUCAGAAAAAAACUGUUUUAAUUGAAAUCCAUGAGGAUUCUUUUAUUAAUCAUCAUUUAAAAUCUGUUCUCCAUGCUAGUAUGGGCUGGACAGUUCAACAGAAGUUAGCAUGUUGGAGGGCUGUUCCAGGUACCAGUCAUGUUUUGAUGUGGUUUCUAAGGCCGGAUACCCUUCCUAAUGGCAACCACUUAAGAAAGUUCAUAAACAUUGCAACAUUGGUGAGUUGUUUGAGAAACGAUCAGAAAAUUUUUGUCACUGAAAUAUUCCAUUCUCUGAUCUUGUAGUUCCCAAAAGAAUCCACACUUGGGAAAUUUUUUUUAUCACUUAUGGUCACUUAGAAGCAUGAAAGAAUCUGCACUGUUCCCCUGAAGUACAUGAGGAUUUUUUUUUUUUUGUUGAUAAAUUUUGUAAUUUCUCAAAUUUAGUCAUGUUGGGAAAUGUUUGAGAAAUCAUUUAUUACUAACAGUCACAAAUAUAUCUUUCACUUGUUUCAGUCCUUUGAUUGUGGCCAUGCUGGAGCACUGCCUUGAAAAGUUUUAGCAAAACAAAUCGAACCCAGGACUUUGAGCCUGGUACUUAUUCAAUCUUUUUUGCCAAACUGCUAAUUUAAAGGAAUGUAAACACACCAACACCAGUUGUUAAUUGUGAAACAUGAGUUACACUUACAAUUCUAAACUUAAUGACUACCACCGAUGUACACAUGCACAGAACAAUUAUGGAGCCCCUACACAGGAUCCCAAAUUCCACAUCAAUAAAGUUAGGCAGUCCAUUUCACUGUGGAGGAGUCUUUUGUAAAUCCAGCUUCCAAAUUAUAGAUGUCAGAUAGAUACAUGAAUAAUAUAUGACUGCUCUAGGAACUUCAGCAUUCAAAAUAAAAACCAGUAACACAAAGCACAAUAAUAUAACACCCUUUAUAUAUAUAUAUAUGUGUAUAUAUAUAGGUGCAGGAGUGGCCGUGUGGUAAGUAGCUUGCUUACCAACCACAUGGUUCUGGGUUCAGUCCUACUGAAUGGCACCUUGAGCAAGUGUCUUCUACUAUAGCUUCAGGUCAAAGCCUUCUACUAUAGCCUUGGACCAAAGCCUUGUGAGUGGAUUUAGAAACUGAAAGAAGCCCAUCGUAUAUAUUAUGUAUAUGUUUGUGUGUCUGUGUUUGCGCCAUUCCCCCCCCCCCCCAACAUUGCUUGAUGCUGGUGUGUCUAUGUCCCUGUAACAUUAGCGGUUCAGCAAAAAGAGACUAGAAUAAGUACUAGGCUUACAAAGAAUUAGUACUGGGGUUGAUUUGCUUGACUAAAGGCAGUGCUCCAGCAUGGCUGCAGUCAAAUGUCAAACAAAAAAGAAAUAUAAAAAGCAAAUCAAUUGCAAGGAUGUCCAGGUAUCAGUGCAUUAAUUAAAUGGAGCUGCUUGAAACGGCUGUAAUGCACUGAUACCUGGACAUUCUUGUUACUUAUUUGCUUUUUAUUCACCUAAUUUUAAGCUAGACAGGCUUGGUGCCUCAACUUAAGUACCUAAUUCAACUGAAUCUUAAUUAUAUAUAUUCAAAUAUGAACUGGAAGCAGCUCGAGGUAUGUAAACAAAAUCAAACGCAUACACAAGGUAUGUUUGUUGUUAGUUUGUGGGUCAGCUGCAUUUUAGGCAUAAGAGAAUAGAGAUAGAAGAAAUACAGGAGGAUCAGUUAAUUAUUUUAUUCAACAUUUUCCCCUUCCAUAUUCACAGACUUAUUGCAGUGAUCCUUCAGUUUUUCUGAGCCCUAUAAAAGAACUUGGAAGGUUGGGUCUCCAAAGAGGCCUUUUGCAACACCCUUAAAGCCAGGAACAUUUCAGCAUCCCUUCCUCUGUGUGUGUGUGUAUAAUGUAAGUGGGAUAAAAUUCAUGCUGUCUCCUCUUGAAACUCUUCUGCUUAUUCCAGUACGUGAUUGUUGUAUUGAUGUGAGUUACACAGAGUUGAAAAUUCUGGAAAUAUUGUUGGAGUUAUAUAAAACAGGAAGUUGAGAAAUUUGGGGGUUUUAUUUAUCCACCAUUAUACAUUUCAUUUGCUAAUAGGAAUCACAAGGAAAUUUCCUAUUAGAAAUUUUUUCAAAUAACCAAGUAGAAAAUUUACAUUUGGAUGAAGUAUUUUUAUACACACACACACAAAUGUUUCUCCAGGUUAUAUGUCCCGACUAUAGUACCUUAACAUUUGCCCAAAAUUGCAUAUCAUUAGCUGACAUAAGUGCUCCCAAGUACAUCCAUCUCAGUUUUCAGUAAAGAUAACACGAGGUGAAGUAAUAACAUUGCAACUGAACUCUCUUUGCAUCCUAAACAAUCCACAGCAACACACACAGCUCAGUGAACCAAUUAUGACUCCUCUUCUUCAGCCAUCACAUUCUACCCCACACACCUCACCACCACAACAAAUAACUCUGCUUGUAUGAUGGUGAUACUUGUUUACAACUCUCACAUGACUUCAAGACAAAGAAACAUGUGUAUGUGUAUAUAUAUAUGUAACGAAGAAAUGGAAUUCAUGAGAUUAUUAAUCACAGCGAUCAUUUCAACCCAUAUUACAUUGGUCCCUUGAGGAUGAGAUACUGUACAACUGGUUAUGAUUAAUAAAGAAUCUUGUGUCUUCCUUUUUCUCUCUCUCUCAUUUGUUAUAUACUCAACAGACACUGAGGAAUUCUUGAGGUAGAUCCAGUGACAUAUCCAUACUGUUAUCAGAUAGCCAUAGACAGUGAAAGCACCUUAAUCGGCAUACUACCAGAUGUAUACUAAAGUUUGAACUAUAUAU